AUGUAAAUGCAAAAAUGAAUACUGUAUAAUCCAAUAUCACAAUCCAAAGCCACAUAUUGUAGGAUUAUAAUACAAAUUUCAAUCAGUAAUGCAGUCCACGCAUCUUUACUAGAGAUAAGGAGAGAUGAACUGUUUGUAGGUCCUUUAUGACUCACACUUAAUAAACUGCUUCAAACUUUAAACAGUGAAUGUCACAUGAUAUUGGACUUCACACAUAUACCUCACUUCCUUUUUCAUUCUACCGUAUGCUAAAACCAGUAUCAGUAUGCAGAACCCCAAAGAUGCCAACUUAAACUACACAAGAAGUACAUUCAGCAUUAGCACAGUUCAAUUAAAAUUUAAACUUAAGAUGGGAGAGAUUAUUUAUGAUAAUGUGGUCAGCACUGAGUCUGAGGGAAUGAACAGACAGAGAACGGAGAUGAUGGUGCCCAUCUAUGAUUGUGCAGAUUCUGUGAGAGAUCACGACUUCAACACAGAAACAAACACACACCAAAAACUUCAACGUACAGUUUCAGUGUGUUUGGCGCUGCUGUGUGUUCUUCUACUGACUGCAGUCAUAGUGCUGUGUGUCCUCAUCAAUACAAACAAUCACCAGUGUCAAAACAUCAAAGAAGAGAGAGACCAGCUAUUAACUAAGAAUCACAACAUCACAGAAGAAAGAGAUGAAUUAAUAGCCAAGUAUAAUAAUAUUACUAAACUAAAUGAGCAGCUGGAGGAGAAGAAAAAUAAAUCGUGCGGACAACUUAAUGAUAAAUGGAUUUACUAUCAGUCCAAUUUGUACUUUAUUUCAUCUGAGAGAAAGAACUGGACUGAGAGCAGAAGAUACUGUAGAGAGAGAGGAGCAGAUCUGAUCAUCAUUAACAACAAAGAGGAACAAGAUUUUAUUAAGAAGAAUUUUGGUAACGGCGGACUCUGGAUUGGUUUGUCUGACAGUGCUGUAGAGGGCAGAUGGAAAUGGGUUGAUGGCAGCACACUGAACGCUAGUUUCAGAUUCUGGAUGUUGGGAGAACCCGAUGGUGAAAGAGAAGAGAACUGUGUUUUGUCUUCUUCAUCAGGGUGGGCUGAUUCCUCCUGUACUGAUGCUUUUAAAUGGAUUUGUGAGAGAGAACAGUAAUACGUUUCUUUAGACAUUUGUUUUUAAUGUACUUUUGCUCCAACACCACCUAAUUUUGAAUUACUGGCACCUGGCCCUCCUCAUCUCAGACCCACCUCAGAUGCACUCACUGCAGUAUCUCACUUUGGGUUAUGGACUCUGUGCCUGUUGGAUUAAACUUACCUUUAGUGAUCCUGAUCUCUGUCGUCCUCUGUGUUUCCCUCAAAAUGCUACAUAGUACUCUUCCAUCAUGACCAUGCUCCAUCUUGGUUACUCCCGUGAAUGGUUACCUUUAUACUUUGCCAUGUGAUCUCCUGUCAGCCACAACUGGGGUGUGUAGUCCUGUCCAUGGCCAUUACUAGGUCGUAGCAGCAAACACACUGUGUGUUGAUCAUGCUGAAUUUCUGACACUGUCGGAGACUAUCUUAGGUCGCAAGAUCUGAAAAAUGUCCAUCUUUGAACCUCUCUCACUGUACGACAUAGAAACACAGAUAAAGAGCCAUAAUAACAAAAAUCGCAACGAUUAUUUGAAGAUGGCAAUCUUUUAUCUGGGACAGCCAAAAAUCAUGCAGUGUAUCUCGGGCUUAACCCCUUAAAAUACCUCAAAUUUAUUUUAAGUUUUAAAUUUUAUGCUGUGAUCAAAUGUCUACUUUUAAUGUUGUCUGUCAAUGAGAGUAAUAUGCGGGAUGUGAUUAUUAGUCAGGAUGUAGAUAAAAACUAUUUAUAAAUAUAGUUAUAAUACAAACUUAUGGCUCAUCCGGCAAUAUUUUUAAAGCUGAAUCAAAACACACAGGUAAUUUAAACAUGUAACCUGAACAUGAAUAUCAGCCAUAACAGCCUAAUAUUGUAUAGGUCCCCCUUUUGCCACCAAAACAGCCCUGACCCAUCGAGGCAUGGACUCCACUAGACCUUUCUUUCAGAACCAGCAUUCACUUAUUCAGCAAUUUAAGCUACAGUAGCUCAUCUGUUGGAUCGGACCACACGUGCCAGUCUUUACUCCCCAUGUGCAUCAAUGAACCUUGGCCGCACAUGGAUCACCACUUUUUCUUCCUUGGACCACUUUUGAUAGGUACUGCACUGCAGACCGGGAACACCCCAUAAAAGCUGCAGUUCUAGAGAUGCUCUGACCCAAUCGUCUAGCCAUCACAAUUUGGCCUUUGUCAAAGUCGCUCAGAUCCUUAUUCUUGCCCAUUUUUCCUGCUUCUAGCACAUCAACUUUGAGGACAAGUCUAGUUGAUGUGUUAGAAGCAGUCCAUGCCUCGACGGGUCAGAGCUGUUUUGGUGGCAAAGGGGGGGUUGCUGAUCGGUGUAUAUUUACAUAAAACCUUUUUUCACAUUUUAUUGGUGUGUCUCGUGUAAUGAUAGCCUACCACUGACCUAAAUAAAGUCCUCUGCAUUUGUAUUUUGAUAAAUGUUUUAUAUAUGGAUGAUAUUUUAGGUGUUAAACUUCAAUGAUGAUUAAAUUCCACAAUGCAAAUAGUGUAAAUGACCUCAUCCCACACACGAUGUA